AGAAAUUGCAUUGCUUUUCUAGUUCGCUAUAGUAUGCCAUGGAAAUUUCGUGUGUUUUUGUUCUUUCUUUUGUUUUGAGAAAAGUAGCGGAGUAGUACGUGGCAUGAACUACUGGUUUCGAUUUUGUUUGCUUAGUUACGUGUAAGCACUGCUCAACCCAGCGCUACCUGAUUUCAUGAAAACAUGAGUUGCAAAAUACUCACCUCCUAGUUCGUUGUUUUGGUUUCACUUUUAGCAUAACCAGAUCCAGUAGCUCAUGGAAGCUUUCGCACGCGUAGCAGUGUCGUGCCGGCUGCGGCCGGCACUGGACCCGGACCUGGCACUCGCACGGUGGGAACUGACGGACUCGAGUGUCAUUUUGCCAACCCCGCAGAAAAGCAUGAAAAAAGAGGAUUUUGGACUUGUGCCCGCAAAAACCGCCCCCAGCCGCGGGCAUGCAGCGAGCACAAACAGAUCUGGACCAAUUAUGGAGCGUACCUACUGUUAAUUUUUCUUGUUUCAUGUGAUGUGAAUGUUGUAAAUGUGUGAAAUAGAAAUACUAUACUCAUUCGUUCAUAGCUUCAGUGGGAGCUGGGGUAGAAGAUUUUACCUCUUUUUGGUGUCUGUGUUCCUUAUUUGCAGCCUCCAAACACGAUGAAGACGUGGUCAACAACAUGUUAUAUAAAAGACGGAUCCGUAUUCUCCAAAACAGAUGUGACGGAGACGAAAAUGGACCACGUCUUCGGCGAGAAGAUUAACACGAAGGAUAUCUACGAAACGGCGUACCGCCCGAUCGUGGGCAAAGCGGUCCAAGGGCUGAACGGUUGCAUAUUGGCAUACGGGCAAACCUCCUCAGGAAAGACAUACUCGAUGGUCGGUAACGACGAGAGCAAGGGUAUUAUCGAACACGCGUGCGAGGACGCGUUCCGUAUGCUAGAGGAAUCCGGAAAGGUACCCGGCACCGGUGGAACACGCAUUCGCUUCUCCUUGUGCGAGGUCUACAUGGAAAAGUGCAUAGACCUUCUGGCGCCGAGGACUCGAUUCGACAAUUCCCUUGCUGUCAAAGAAUGUAUACCUAUACUUACAAGUCAGAUUUUCUUUGUACGUCAUAAUAAUGAUGUCUUCUGAUGCGGCGCUACCGCAUCAUUUCACGUGCUAGCGCUUUGGCUUCGACAAGAACACCAGUGUCGUCGUUCGGUUUUCAUUGUUACUCUAUGACUAUGUCUCUGUGCUGAAAACGCGAAAGACGAAGAGCCAAUAAGCAAGCAGUCUCGUGUUUGCAGAGACACUUCGACUCUGUAUUUGUUGACUACGUCUACUACUGCUUCAACUAAGUAUCGAUGAGGACCAUAAAACCUUCUCCUUGCUUGAACUUAUUGUCGUCCCCUUUCAGGCCCUCCUCGUGGUUCGUCCGGGAUGUCUGAAUUUUACGUGGAGGGACUCAGCGAGCACGAUGCCUGGGAAGCGCGCGACGUUAUGGAGAAAAUUGCCUUUGCCGAGCGGAAGCGACGAAAGAUCGCCCAAACUAAGUACAAUGAGCAGAGCAGCCGAAGCCACACCGUGCUGACGCUCACAAUUGAGGCGACAGACCAAGGAGAGAUAAGUAGUAAGGGCACUACAAGUACAUGCACAGCACUCUCGGUGGCCAACAACAAAGACAACGAGGAUCUACAUAGCGGCGGUGAGAUAACAAAGGUCGGGAAGCUAGUGUUCGUAGAUCUCGCCGGUAAUGAGCGGCUGGACGAGAGCAUGCAGUACCUGCAGGAGGGCAGCGCGAUAAAUUUGUCUCUGUUUUUCUUGAGCGAGUGCGUGAGCAAGCUCUCAGCUGCCGCUGGCAUGAUAGAAGGGGGCGCAUUUGCCGACGCGGACGAGGAGAGGCAACUCGGACUCAGUGCAGCCUGCGCAGGUACCUAAGUAAUUUCAAUUUGACACCUUAUGGGGCUUACAAUUAGAAUCUUCUGUGGACGAAGCAGAUCGCGGUCGUGCAAGUGUAUUGAUUUCAGGCUGGAGGUUCGAAAGUGGCCGAUGCCGAGCGCAGGUAUCUUUUCCAUGCAUCAAGAAUAGAUCGACGUCAGUCGAUGGAUGCAAUUCUGUAUAUUUCAUAACAGAUUUUUCUGAGCAGCUUCAGCGGUACAAGAUAAAGCAAAAAAAGAAGAACGAUGCCUCUUCAAACAGAUGCAGCCUCGAGUCGCUACAUCCCGUACCGAGAUUCGAAAUUGACCCGCAUUCUUGCUGUGCACCUCGGGCAGAACAGCCACACCGGGAUUCUGGUGUGCCUACACCCCGCUGAGAAGUUCGUGGAGCAGAGUCUGUGUACGCUGCGGUUUGCGCAGAAGGCAAGCGAGGUGGUGUCGCGGGUCCGGCCCGUCUACCGUUCGAAAAACGAGGAGCUGCUGCAGAAACUUAGCAUGAGGCCCAUUGCCGCUGUGCCUCCGAAUCUGCAGGAGGGCGGCGCUUUUUUCGCCAAAGUUCUAGGGCAUGCUGGGGCAAGGCCAAAAGCCCGCACGCACACAGCCCUUGCCCGAAUGGUUUCGCGCGCCUUUGCGGGAGCGGGUGUCGGUCACUGUACCUGGCCGGCGGCCGCCCUUUGCCAGAGUGCGCGCGGAGCGGUCCCUAUGACGGCCGGAAGCUGCCUGCUGCGAGGACGGGCGGGGCGCCUUGCUCGCCGAGGUGCAUCACCAAGAGCGCGCGCCCACGGCCUUCUCGCCUCGGGCCGACCACGGGUCUCAGAGUUAUGGCCAGCAACGAGCCCCCGUCCGGCGACGAUACAUGAGAGAGCAGCGACCACACUAGUCGCAAACCCAGCGCGGAAAACCUGUGGGGACCCGCCCCGGGUGGGGUAUGCAACAGGCCUGGCGACCUGCCGCGGCGUCGGCCUUUGCGCAUGACCCUCCGGUGAAUCAGUGGGCGCACGGCUUCUGCUGGGCCGCUGAUUUUACGAAGGGCGGGCGGGGGGCCCUUUCCCACGAGGAGGCCCGUCGCCCGGUGCAGCAUGCGGCCACGGCAGCCGCCUUUUUCGCCUAGCCGGCGGCACGGCAGCAAGGAAAGAACCUCACCCGGCGAGCGUCGGCACGGAAAAAGCUAUGGCCGUUCCGCCACCCCCUUGGCCCGGCCAGCUUCGCACUUUGCCGCCGAAGAAAGUGCCGUGGCCCCGCGGCUGGGUCGGAAGGUCGGCCGCCACUUGGCAUGGCAGUGGGGCGCUCCACAAGGCGGCGCGCCGCCGGUUUCUGGGCCUGCACGGCAAGGGGGCGGGGGCGGGGUGUUGCCGGCAUGCAUCAGGGGAACGUGGCGGGCGCCCCCCCGCCGCGGCGGGAAUAUUGCCCGCCUUGGCUCUAACUACCGUUCGAAAAACGAGGAGCUGCUGCAAAAGAUAAAAUUGCCCGCUCGGGGCACAGCUCCCCCACCGGCCUUGUGGGUGUGCUUGGGUGGAGGCGGCGGCCGUUUCAACAUCCCCCGCCGGCCCGGCCAGGUUCCGGGUGCGCCUGUAUCCAAGGUCUUAGCCCGCGGCCGGCCCCGGGCUUCCGUGUGUGUUCCCGCAAGGCUUCGCGGUAUGGAAGCUUUGGUUGUUGACCUUCCCAGGGUCGGGUCGAUGCUUGUUCACCGGGCAAAAGCCAAGGCGCCGGCGAGCCAUCGGCCCGACUCGGCCUGUAGUUCAAAGCGCAGGCAAUGCUAAUGCGCGAAAGUGCUGGAAAGGGGCCACGCCCACGCGCAAGGGGGCGACGUUGCUAAUUCACUGCCCUCCCACCGCGCCCGCCAUCAAAAGCAAGGGCAGACAUCAGCGGCGCCGGCUGCGGCCCGCUCCAACAUUGACUGCAUGCCGGCGCGGCGGCGGCCGGCGCCGUCCGGCUUGGGCGCGUGUGUUCUUUAUCGCCAACAAGCUGGCGGGCGGCCAGCGAGCGCCUUCGGGCUGUGCCCGCGCACGUUCCUUCGUGCGGAUUUUCGAUGCUACCGCGAGGCGUCGCGAUGUUGCGUUUCUGGGUCCCAAGCACCAGAAAGCACGCUUUUAGCACGUUCCGCAGGGUUCCGUUUUUGUACUUUGUCCCACCAUACUGUCUACCGUUCGAAAAACGAGGAGCUGCUGCAGAAACUGCGAAAGCGGGUGCGGACGCUGGAAGACGAGCUCGAGGAUGCGCGCGCAGAGCGGCUGCAGACCACGGAGAGUGGGCAGAUCGUGUCGGGAUCCAAAGAAACCGACCGCAUUGUGCUCGCGCUCAACCAGGCAAACACAAACUACAAAAUCGUGCUGACCCGGUACCGUAACUUCUUGCGGCAGCUCGAGCAGGACAUGGCGAAGCGCAGCGAUGACCUGGGGGGCGAAGAAGCAGGAGAGGGUGGCCAGCACGCGACGAACAACAACAAGCAAGCUCUGGGCACGAAGUUUAGCGAUCUGGCUGCGCUUGAGCGCGUGUGGAAGCGGUUUCAGGACCUGAUGCAGGCUUUCGAUAAGAUCUCGGACUGUUCCCAAGGCGUGCGCCAGCUCGCCGGGGACGCGGCCAGGAAGCUUGCGCUCAGCAGCACUGCCCAGUCCGGCCAACAUCCCGCUGCGAACUACGGCUGCUCUACCACUUCUGCUUCUCAACAAAGCACAAUUGGAACCACUCCGAAAAAUAUUAACCUGUUGACCACGCCUGGGCUACUUGCAAGGAAGGAUAGUCAACAACAACAAGAUUCCGCUCGUGAAGAUUCCGCGGACGUGACGAAUGCGCGCCUCAACCGGCGCAUCUUAGAGCUCGAAGCGCAGUUGCGCGGCGAGCAUCGGCAGAUGACAGGAAGCGCGGAGAGCUCCCCAGCGAAGUGGAGCCAAGCGUCUUCCCAAGUCGUCGGUACAAGUAGUGGCGUCCAGCACGCAGCGCCGGCCGCUGCGUCGUCUUCCACCUUCGCCAAGUUGGCCACGAUGAAUAAUAGCUCGACCAUAUUGAGAGGAAAAAUUCCCCCUCCCCAUAUUGAAAAGGUAUGUUUCCAAAAAUUUGCGUUGCAGAUUUGAGGCCACAAAUCAUAUCUGUGUUGCAAGAAGACAAGGGCAGAAGCUUCCGCCCCAUUAUGGAGGCGAUUUGUCAUGCUGUUGGGCCUAAAGGGGGUCCGUUUCCCAUGCUGAACUGCUAGACCCGUACGCCACUACCCAGCCUGGGGAUCUGGCCGCAGUGCCUCUCUGCAAUACAAAGCUGAUUUGUGGCCGCAAAUCAGCAUCACAAAUUCGGCGAGAUCAGCAUCGCAAAUUUUCGUUUUGAUAUGGGGAGGGGGGAUGUUUCAUUUUGAUAGACCACGACCUCCUCGUCCCUGCGCACCACGCCCACAUCUACGUUGCAGGCGCCCGGUUCCGCGGCCACCUCUCAAAUGCAUGACCUCAAGGUGCAGAACAUGCAGUUGCGGUCUCUAAACAAAUACCUCUCGGGAGAGAAGGACCGCUGGAAGAGUGAAACGGAAACGGCAAAGACCGAGGUGGCUACUUUGCAAGCGCGCUCGUCUGAACUGCAGACCAAGCUGCGCCUCGCAGAAACUGCCUUAAUAUCGGAAGCACGCCAGGCCCAGAGCGGUCAGUCCAGCAGCACUUCCCGUGAUGUGUCAACAACAGCAUUGAACGUCGUAGACGAGGACCACGGACGGCAGGCUGGUGAGACUAGAACACGCACAAGCUCUUCCUUCGAUGAGACGAUGAAGGUCGAGGAUCCGUUUCUUGCGUCUCCUGCAAAAACAGAUAAGAAUGUUCCAAUGAAGAAUUCGGACUUCAGCGACGCGCAUUACUUUUCCGGCAGAGUGCAGCAGUUGCUGGACCGCCAGCAAAUGGAGAAAAAACGUGGUCCCACCUCUGCAGCAGGGUUCUCCUCGAACACGGCAGGAACAUUUUUGCCAGACCGCAGCGAGGAAGAUGAUCAACAACAGUUGGAUCAUCGGGCGGAGCAAAAUCGAAAUGCAGCUUCCUUGUUCUGGAAGGAAGGCAAUCAGUUGGCUGCGUAUGCGUCCAAGCAGCAGGCCAUUGUCGACAAGCAGCGCGAAGAAAUCGCAGUGCUGCGUUUGGAGCGGGAGAAGCUGGAACAGGACUUGCAGGAAAAGCACGUGGAGAGUAGUGAAAUGCGCGAAAAAUUGGGAUCAGUAAUGGCAGCGCGGCGCGACGCGGACCGGAACUACGCUCAGGCACAGAAGAUGGUUUCUGAUCUCGAGUCUCAACUGGCGCAGCAGCAGCGGGAAUUCGACGAGAGCAUGUGGAUGAAGGGGGCGACGCUGCAGCUUGCAAAGGGGCUCAGUAGCACGGAGAGAGCAGCUGCGAGCACGAGCGGUGGUCACAACAACUCAACUGCGCAUGGGGGCGCAAAGAAUAAAGCUGGCCGGAGUAGUGCCUCCUCAUCGACGACGGGUUCAACUUCGGGGGGCUCUUCUGCGUCCUCGUCGUCGGCCACCACGAGCGGCUCCAGUGCCUUGGUAAACGAGUCGCUGCAGAAGAAAAACGCUGAGCUUCUGCAGAGGGCCGAGGUGCUGCAGCAAUCCGAGAAGAAGUCGCAGGAGCUCAUGGCGCAGUUGCAGCGACGAAUAGAGCAAGGAGCAAACACGAUCAAGGCGAAGGACGGCGAGCUUGCGCGGUUUCGGCAAGAGUUGGCCGAACUCAGGAAAGCCUUGGUUCUGGCUCGCAAAAACGGGGAUGAGCCUACCACCCGUGGCGGGCCCUCGCCUUUUCCGACGACGGCAACACUGAAAAAGUCUUACAAUGUAGGUCAAGGUACUAGUAGCACAACAACUCCAGCCGGCGGAGGUGUGCUUGGUGGCCCUUCUGGUGCGACGUCAAACUACAGCAGCGCAGUAGUACGAGGACCGCAGGAUUAUUUGGGCAAGAAAGGACCUGACAGAACUGAUCCCGCGCUGGACGCGAUGAUGGAGUCGUGUGGGGGAGCGACGAAGUUGUCGCAGGAAAAUUCUUUUCAAAAUGAAAGUGCGAAUUCGCGGCGCCCCUCUUCCGUGUCCUCCACGUCAGAAAACAGCGGACGACACCAGGCGCGGACGGGGGAAGCCUUCCGCAACGUAGGAGCGCAAGUGAUGCUGAGCACAAACAAUCCACCCCGGGGCGUAGGACCAACGUCCUCGAGGAGACGCGGUGGAAAUAAUGCGAGCACAAUUCUAGCCGGCGAGCCUACAGGCCAGAACUCGGGGGCUCCGCUUGUCCCAUUGCAGAAUACGAAGGUGCGCAGCUACAACUUCCCGUCAUCCACAGCGACAAAGACAAGAACGACCGUGCUGCUGCUUUUUGCUGCGCAGUUUCUGCAUGUUGACAAUAAUUGUAGUCCCGAUCACGAUCAGGAUCAUUUUGGCAUGCAAACGGUGCCAAGAAGCAAAGUAUGUUGACUUCUGUACUAUUCUGUCGAUGAGGAGGAGGGGGAGUUGUUUGAUAUGCACUCGGAUACACAACAUCAACUACCUGUACUCAGAAAACGAAGCUCCUUCCCGCUCACUGGCUGCGAGUUGCCGCCGGGGUGGUAUUAUGCAAUGCGAGUAAUGUCUGAGUCUACGUCCUCUGAACAGGUGAAGCUUGUAAAUGCAAAUUGUAGAUGACAGAGACAAAAACUUGUGGUGCAAAAACACCAAGACCAACAAAGGGAUUUUGGCACAACUUUGAAUGUGCUUCUACGUGCAUUCCAGACCAUCUGGGUCAUCCAAAAGAUGCAUCACAUUCAUACAGUGCCAGUGGCCUCAGACAUGUUUGCAAUUGAUACGCGGCAUCGAACCUCCAAGCGCGGGUGCCGGCGUCGCGGUACCCUCCGCAUCCACCAAUACAACGAGCGCAGGAACUUCCGGUCUAACAAAUGUGAUGGUGUUGCCGUCUAUGCAAUGUAAAUUUUCCGUACAUGUACAAAAUGCAUGACAAAUUUCGCUAACUUGCAGUGCCCAACUCGUCAUGCAGAGACUGCGUGUGUACGUGUACGGGAAAUUUACUGUGGAUAUCGUCCCCGUCCGUUGGUAUUGUCCAAGGAAAUAAAUUCGAGUAA